UUUUUUUUAAAAUUUAAGAAUUUUAAGUUUAUCGAGCGUAAAAUGUUUUGUAAGUGUUACGAGUGAGUGUAGUAAGUAUUUAUAUACGAGGGUUAAAUACGGAACUUUAAGGAAAAAAUGUGAGUGACGCCUAGUAAUUUGAGAGUGACGUUUAACUACCCCAAUUUCAAACACAUAAGAUGACACUCUAUAGAAGUACUCGACAAAAUUGAAAAUCAAGAGAGCGGCAAAAAUUCAAAAAAUCCAUUACUUUACUCCACAGUUAACGGAUAUCCCUCAAUCACCCCCAAACGCAGGAUUUCGCAAACCCUAACUCAAAAUUACUGCAAUUACGAUCGCAUUACAACUAAAUUCCAACUUUAAGCUUAUUGAUUUCAAGCAUAUUCAUCAAAUUGCGUCAACAAUCGGAAGAAAUGGGCGUCGAAAACUAUCAUGUGAUUGAGCUUGUUGGUGAAGGUUCUUUUGGGAAAGUUUACAAGGGAAGAAGAAAAUACUCAGGCCAGACUGUUGCUAUGAAAUUUAUAAUGAAACAUGGGAAGAGUGAUAAAGAUCUUCAUAAUCUUCGGCAGGAAAUUGAGAUACUCAGAAAGCUUAAACAUGAGAAUAUUAUAGAAAUGCUCGACUCGUUUGAGACUGCACAAGAAUUCUGUGUAGUCACAGAAUUUGCUCAGGGUGAACUUUUUGAGGUUCUUGAGGAUGAUAAGUGUCUGCCUGAAGAACAAGUUCAAGCAAUUGCAAAGCAGUUGGUGAGAGCACUGCAUUACUUGCAUUCCAACCGAAUUAUUCACAGGGACAUGAAGCCGCAAAAUAUUCUUAUUGGUUCAGGCUCCAUUGUUAAGCUUUGUGAUUUUGGAUUUGCUCGUGCCAUGUCAAUGAACACUGUUGUACUUCGCUCCAUCAAAGGUACUCCGUUGUACAUGGCUCCUGAGCUUGUUCGCGAACAGCCAUACAAUCACACAGCUGACUUGUGGUCUCUUGGAGUGAUUUUGUAUGAACUUUUUGUAGGCCAACCUCCAUUUUAUACCAACUCAGUUUAUGCGCUUAUACGGCAUAUAAUCAAGGACCCAGUUAAAUAUCCGGAAAAUAUGAGUCCAGAAUUUAAAAGCUUCUUGAAAGGAUUACUUAAUAAGGUCCCACAACAAAGGCUCUCUUGGCCUGGCCUUCUUGAGCACCCAUUUAUUAAAGAUUCUUCAGCUGACUUGGAGACUAGGGAGUUGCAUUCUCCUACAAACCUGUCAACGGGGUGCGUAGCUUCUCGGAAAGGCGAAGCUCCAAAUAUUCCCCUGCCAGUGCGCUCUAACACGAUCACUCCUGAAAGUAUAAAUAAUACUCCUUGUGCUUCUGAUAAUGAAAAUUCAUCAGGCCUUCGUGAUGACCAACCAAAUGAGUCCGACAUGGCUUUGACAGAGCCAUCUCUUGAGCCUACAGGCAGUCAAACAGUAGAUAGACUGGAAAACAGUUCUCGCACUGUCAAAGGUGCAAAAGUGAUAGGCCAAAAAAAGGAGGCCCUGGCACUCAUUCUGGAACCGUUUAAAAGUUUUUCUAAAGCAAUGGGGAACUCUAUCAGGAAGGAAGACAUUUUGAAUUUGAAUCAGUCACUGAGAAUACUUUCAAACUUAGUUGCAGCAGAUGCUGUCACACAUACCAGUCGGGAUGAAAUAAUUUUUGAGCUUCUUGGACUGACUUCUGCUUUUCUUAGCCAAAAAAAGAUCGAUGCUUAUGACUUGAUUGCUAAGAGUUUCUUGAUUAUUAGAAGAUUAAUUGAUGGUGGUGGGGACAGCUUUGGGAGCUCAUUUUUUACCCAGUGGGUUGCGCUUGUUGAAUUGUUUUUACAGGUUGUUAGUAGUUUUGAAGAUUCGAGUGGUAGAGUUCUAUAUGAAUCUACCUCCUCUAUUGCAGUCAUGUUAAAUCAAGUUACUUCGGCUAUCAAAACAUUUUCUCCUUCUGGACCUUCUAAAGCUAUUGAUAUAUUGAAGCAAAUUCUUGAUCAUGCCAAAACAAGUGGUUUGGUUGAUCACCUUUGUGUGUGCUUAGCAGCUUCAGGAACAAGUAUGAUUUCAGGUUCCGCUAAUUUGUCACGUGUUGCUGCAGAAGGGUGCAGAGCUCUUUGGUUUUUAAUUAAUGCAUUGGAGACUUUUUCCCUCAAAGACAAAUCUGGGACAUUUCCACUCACUUCUUUGCGCAGCCAUUCAUUAGUCCGACUUGAUAUCGGAGAGAACGACAGGUCUCCAGAUGUUGGAACUGACUGUGAGAAGGUUCUUGAUGCUAUUACGAGAGCAUUUCUAGAUUCCAAACCAGUUCACUGUGCUAUAUUAUACUGCCUUCGUCAGCGUAAUGAAGCCGUGCUCUUUGCUGGUAUCCAGCUUCUACUGAGGUGUUCUAUGCGCAGUGGAUUAGUUCCGAGUGUGCUUUGUGGUCCUCCUAGUUCUUUGCCUGGCACAACUGAGGUAAGUGGUGGAGGGGAUCACACGCUUGUUUCUGAGAUAUUCUCCAUAAUAUCUCUUUGCGGAUCAUCCUUGAACAAAAAUUCACAAAUUAGUGAAGCUAAUGGCUCGAAGUGCAAAUUGGCUAAUCCUCAUGGGCUUGCUUUACAUUCAUGUUUGCUGCUUUCUACGAUAGCUCAAUCUUUCAAGUCACAUGGGAAAAGACACUCAGCAUCUAUUCUGACUUCUUCUUCAAAGAAACAGCAGGCAAGGCUUUCAUCAAUUGCUCAACUUUUUUCUUGUGAUGAUGGAGUUCCAUCUUCGUUUCACCCUCAUUGUGCAUCAGCCAUGCUAGCCUAUGCAUCUAUUUUAUCUCUUGGGAUUGGAACUUCAACUGAGUCUUCAUUAUUUGAUAUUGCAAUGCCAUUUAUCCCUCGAACUGCUACUCUUUGUGACCUUCUCAAAAUGAAUUAUAGAGUUGAGCAUGAGGGCAACUGCAAUGCCACAUAUAUGCUUUCUCACUGGCAUGGGCUGAGGGAUGGAUAUGUUGGCUUGCUUGAAUGUAGAUUAAAAUUGGGAGGACCUUUAGCUGUCCAACAAUUUUGUGCUAGUGGACUCCCACAACUUCUCAUAGAUUUUCUGGGCAACAAUCCUGUUGUUGAUUCUCAUGCAGCAGAUUGUGAUCGAGUUGGGCUAUCUCCUAUUGGAGUUCUGUGGGCUAUUUCUUGCCUAAGUCAUUGCCUUCCAGGUGGCUCUGCAACUUUUCGACAGAUAUUACUGCAGAAUGAACAUGUUGAAUGCAUUCGUGACUUGGUUUCUGAUGCUCAUCUGAAGCUCCUUAAAACUUGGGCGGGGCCUGGUGGGGGAAAGAGUGGAUUGAGGGAUAUUAUAAAUGCUGUGAUAGAUUUAUUGGCCUUUCCUUUUGUUGCUGUUCAAAGUGCUACUGGUUUGCCAUCCACCACUGCUUCCAUGAGCAGUGGGCAUCUCCUUAAUGUAGGCUCACCUGGUGCGAAAGUAUGCAGCAAAGACUCAGAGAUUAUGAAAGCAAUCAAGGAAAACAUGGAAAAGUACAUAAGGAUUCUUUUAGAGGCAGGGAUACCUAUCAUAAUUUUGCGAUGUGCUGAUGGUUUGGAGUUGAAGGACAUGCAAAGACCAGUGGCGUUUCUUGCAAAAAUGACCAGCCAUAAACCAUUAGCCAUUCAUCUUGUGGGGAAGGGGAUGCUAGAAGCUUCCAGAAUAAGAAGAUUGUUUGAUGGUUCAUGUCCUAAAGGGGUCAUCCUGGAUGUUCUCAUGAUAGUUUCUGAACUAGCACGCAUGGACAAGGGUUUCUAUGAAUACAUCGACAAGGCAAACAUUUUGACACGCUUAAAGGAGUUCCUCACUUCUGAAGAUUCUGAUUUACGUGCAAAGGCUUGCAGUGCUUUAGGAAAUAUGUGUCGAUAUAGCUCUUACUUUUAUGAUUCACUGGCAAGGCAUGGUAUCAUCAGUCUACUCAUCGAUCGAUGUGCUGACCAAGACAAGCGUACUAGGAAAUUUGCCUGUUUUGCUAUUGGAAAUGCAGCUUACCAUAAUAAUUUGUUGUACGAAGGACUUAGAAGUUCCAUACCUCAACUAACGAAUCUGCUGCUUUCUCCUGAGGAGGAUAAGACAAAAGCUAAUGCUGCUGGUGCUCUAAGCAAUCUCAUUCGCAAUUCCAAUGAACUCUGCGAAGACAUUGUGUCUAAUGGUGCUAUACAGGCUUUACUUAAGGUGGUCUCAGAGUGCUCUACAGUAGCCCUGAAUCCUCCGAGAAGGGAUGCUGUGAAUGAGUCUCCCCUGAAAAUUGUUCUCUUUGCUCUGGCGAAAAUGUGUGCACACUCACCUUGCAGGCAGUGCAUUCGUGCUUCAGAGCUGUUUCCUGUGGUAGCACAACUUCGUCAAUCACCUGAAGAUUCUAUAGCCAAGUAUGCAUCCUUAAUUUAUGAUAAAGCCAAUGGAGUUUGAACCCUGACUUAUAAAUAGGACUUACGUGCCCAUGAAGUAGCAUAUCAAUCAACAACAGUCGGAGAUUCACCCUGAUAAAUUGGUGCCAGCAACAAGAUGCGAUGCAGCUUUGGACAGAAUUAUGAGAUAAAAUGUAAAGGAUUCUGGAUGAAAUUUCCUUGUAUCAGAGUGGAAUGCCAACUCUUUAUCAUUGUACAUAUGCUUUUUGGUAAUAUAUAUGAAGAUCACCAUAAUAUUAAUUAUCAGCAUCACUAA